UGGGUUACUCUGGCAAAGACCUCCUGAUAUAGAACGACCUAUAUGCCUCCAUAACUCCCUUUCAUGGCAUGGACAGUUACAUCAUAGAAUGAUGUGGUAGAUUAACCUAAAUAACGUUUCUGACAGGAAGGACGAGUCUAGUAUUAAGUCGUAGAAUUUAGAGCGGCUGUGAAAGACUAAUGGAUUCAAUAGGUCCACAUUGUGUGGCUAUUUGGUAAAUUCUGACCCCUGCUGCAGGCUCGAUGAAAAUACAACAACAAAAGACUAACGCCUCGAUCACACUAACAGUAUUGUUGCAUUGUGGUACACCAGAAGCUGCCUUUGCCUUGCAGCAUUGUGUUGCAGAGGCCGUUGCAGUGUGGUUCAUACGUCGGAUUUAUCAAACGUAUGCAUCAAACUGCAUGUCUACAUUGCUUGACAGAAAUGGUUGCACACAAAUUCAGAUGAUGCUGCGUACCAUUUGCGCAAUAGUACUGUCGGUGUGAUCAAUGCCUAAAACUUGGUAGUUCGUGGAGUGUAUGGAGGGUGGCGCUACUUCUCAAAUUCACCACCCGUUUGCACGGAAAUCUGCGCUUGAAACUCUUCUCUGUGGCGCAUUGCUGGAUGUCUUUCAGCAUCUUCAGAACACAGUAGCUAGCCUGUUAGCUAGAGCUUCAAAAGAUAUGAGCCGCAAAAGAGACCACACUUUUACCGAAACAAGCCUUUCUCCCGACCCCCAAAACGCAUUCAUGGACACUCCGGUGUCUGCAGCGCGACCCGAUGAAGAUGUAUUGGAAUUCGAGCCUGACGAGGAGCUACUCUGCUCGGUGAGCGACAUCACCGAACACCUUGGGAGAAACAUAACAGUGGUGCUCGAGACUGCGUUGUCCGAAAUCAGGAAAAUGGUCAGCGUCAGGAUACGGGUUCUGAAAAUGGAGCUUCGGGAGAAAACGGACGAAAUCGAAGUCUUAAAAACGAGACUAGAGGUGCAAAUAGACGGUAGGGACCCGUAUCCUGGAGGAAUGACCACCGAGGUUGCAUCUGUAUUCAGGAAAGCAGACUUCCAUUCAGGAAGCAAACACAACAACAACGACCACAAGAAAGCCAAACCAGCCAUGCCUGGUGUGAAGAAAGAAAACAUCAAUGCCAUUUGCGACUAUCUGAUGAAAGAUAAGAAUUCACGGGGUGCUGAAACGGACAGCGACCCGAGCAAUCCUUCUUCUGGUAGCGACAGGGACAGCCGCCACGAUCCCCAGCCGCACUCCCUCAACCAUCUGUGGCCGGACAGUGGCAUUCCUGACGCGGGGCAUGGGGACGGGGAAUCGGACUCGGCCACGGAUGACAUAUUUGACAUGUCGCUACCAUCAGGAAGCAAGCGGAUCCACGACUAUGAGUGGAUGACUGGGGUGGAGUACACAUCGGAUUUGAAAGGUACGAGGGAGCCUAAAUCGGAGAGUGCCAAAACACCAGAUGAGGAAGAUGAUGAAGAGGGUGACGAGUCAAAAGAAGAAAGGAAUGAUGGAUUGGAGCAUCCCCCAGCCCCUCUCUCCCAUGACACAAACAGCCCUGACUUUCCCCUGCACCCCCAGGGCUCUCCAGGAGGGGAGGGGGACAGUUCUUUUGAGGCCCAUGUGGAUCGACUAGAACCGGGUCAGCAGUUUACCUCCCACACAUACCUCUGCCCACUGUGUGGAACCUUCUGCCCCGACUCCUUGUUCCUAGAGGAGCACCUCAAACUGAUACACGGCGACACCACCGGCACCCACAGCGCCCUGCAGUCCACCUCCAUUGCUCCCCUCUCUCUGGGAGAGGGUAGCAGUGAUUCCAAGCGGGGUUUGGCGGGGCUUGAAGGAGGGAGCAUUCCGUCUGGAGCUAGGGGGAUGGGCCUAGCAAGAGGAGGAGGUGUCGGGGGAGGAGUAGGGACGAGGGAGAAGAAAGUGGAAGGGGGUUACGAGUGUGGAGAUUGCGGCCGCCAUUUCAACUACCUGGGCAACCUGCGGCAGCACCAGCGCAUUCACACGGGGGAGAAGCCCUUCAUAUGCCCAGAGUGUGGGGAGAAGUUCCGGCACGCUGCCCGAUUGAAGAGUCACCGGCUGGGGCACAACGGAGGCCAGAGCCCCUUCCCCUGCCCCCAGUGUGGGAAGGGCUUCCCGGUGCUCUCCGGCUUAAAGAGACACCAGCGGGUACAUACGGGGGAGAGUCCCUACGCGUGCCAGCAGUGUGGGCGGCGCUUCAAGGAGCUGGGUAACCUGUACACCCACCAGAGGAUUCACAGUGGUGCCACACCCUACUGCUGCCAGCAGUGUGGGAGGAGCUUCCGCCACCUGGGCACCUACAAGAGCCACCGCUGCACCCCCACACAGUGACAGUGACAUUCUACUCCGUUACCUUAAAGCUAGACUGGCUAACUGCUAAAUCUAGCCUAGCCAUCACAGGAGCCUAUUGAUAUGCUGUUAACUGAGGCAGGAACAUUGUCUGAGUCUAAAGACAAGCCUCAUAUGGACUUAAAAGGGAGGGAGACUGUGCAAUGGUGAAGAAGAGGUCAAAGGGCAUCCUGAUGAAAGCCAUGGCCUCGUUCAAAUAGUACCAAACACAUAAUUCCCUCUUCGGCUCCCUUCCUUGAAGUAAUCACUCAUCUAAUAAUAAUACUUUUCAUUUAUAUAGCGCUUUUCAUUAAACAAGUAUCUCCAAAACAUAAACAGAUGUAGGGAUCUGGCAGUUCCUGUUUGAUGGUCUUCCACAGCUUCACAUGUCUAGGCAGUUCAGAAAGGCAACCGGUAGCAGUAGCUUAACUGGCAGGAGUGUCGAUGAUACAGACAGGCAUAGAGAAACAUCAGUCAGAUACCAGUAGACAGGCCCGGAGCUCUUUAUCAGAGAGGGAGAAAUGUCAGUCCGAUACUGGUGGACAGGCCCGGAGCUCUUCAUCAGAGAGGGUGAAACGUCAGUCAGAUACUGGCAGACAGGCCCAGAGCUCUUCAUCAGAGAGGGUGAAACGUCAGUCAGAUACUGGUAGACAGGCCCGGAGCUCUUCAUCAGAGAGGGUGAAACGUCAGUCAGAUACUGGUGGACAGGCCCGGAGCUCUUCAUCAGAGAGGGUGAAACGUCAGUCAGAUACUGGUAGACAGGCCCAGAGCUCUUCAUCAGAGAGGGUGAAACGUCAGUCAGAUACUGGUAGACAGGCCCGGAGCUCUUCAUCAGAGAGUCCGGGAGAAACGUCAGUCAGAUACUGGUAGACAGGCCCAGAGCUCUUCAUCAGAGAGUCAGGGAGAAACGUCAGUCAGAUACUGGUAGACAGGCCCAGAGCUCUUCAUCGAUCACUCAAAUGUAUUUAUAAAGCCCCUUUUUACAUCAGCAGAUGUCACAAAGUGCUUAUACAGAAACCCAGCCUAAAACCCCUAACAGCAAGCAAUGCAGAUUUAGAAGGACGUGGCUAGGAAACACUCCCUAGAAAGGCAGGAACCUAGAGAGGAACCAGGCUCUUCUGGCUGUGCCGGUUGGAGAUUAUAUGAGAAUAUAUGUACAUGGCCAUUAAGACCAGAUCGUUCUUCAAGAUGUUCAGUCGUUCAUAGAUGACCAGCAGGGUCAAAUAAUAAUCACAGUGGUUAUAGAGGGUGCAACAGGUCAGCACCUCGGGAGUAAAUGCCAGUUGGCUUUUCAUAGCCGAGCAUUAAGAGGCCGAGACAGCAGGUGUGCGAGAGGGAGUCAAAACAGCAGGUCCGGGACGAGGUGAAUUCGUCGAUUCGUCAACAGUUGAAACUGGAUCAGCAGCACGACUAGGUGGACUAGGGACGGGAACAGGCAGAGACGUCGUCAGCCCAGGUAGUCCUGAGGCAUGGUGCUAGGGAUCCGGUCCUCUGUGAUGGGGGAAAGAGCAAGAGGCAUGUCUUCUCCUCUGUAAGUAGCUAGGCUGGAUCAUCCACUGUCAAAGAGUAACACCCACCUGGGUGAUGCUUCGGUGGCUAUAAAAGCACCAGAAAAGACCAACGCACCUCAACAAUAGUCUGGAACAGAGGUGAGUUUCUGCCAUUCCCUCACACCGCAGUCCACAUUCAUAUUUACAGAGCUCUCUGCUUAGGCGACCUCACGGCACCAUGGCAACCACGGAACUCUGACAUGUCAGAUCUGUGAUUACUUCGAGGAAGGAAGGAUGCAUUUUUAGUAGUAUAGCCUUUUGGGAAGAGGACGCACACUAACAGAACAGUGUGACUGCUGCCACCAUGUGGACUUUCUAUGUUACUGCACAAAUGAAGCUUCAUGGUGGCUCUGUCAAGGGCUGACUACGUUUUAACCUCACUUACCUACCAAUGACUUCUGUUCAGAGCAGAUGAGUUGGCAUUUCAUCAUUUGUAAUAACAAUGCUGUAACCUGUAUUACUGACAUUAUAUUCUUUACAUGUUGUUGGUAUGUCCACGUUGUUGGUAUGUCCACCUGCAUGAUGAUGAUGACAUCUCAUUCGUUUUUGUGAUUUGAUAUCAGUAAUCUACCCCUUUUAAAUUCACCCCUCGGUUAACAGGCUAGUUAUCUACAGAGGUUCAGGAAAACGUUCAUUUCAAGGGCAAAUAUAUACCAGUAAAUAAUGACCCCGCUUUUCUCUAUUCACUCUAGUUGUUUAGCUAAAAGCAGUCAGGUGUUUAGAGAGUAGGGACAUGGAGUUUUCUGCAUUAUGAUGCAUUUACAAGACACUACCACAGUCAUGUUAGCCCACCAUUAUCAUAACAUGGGGAAUAUUUCAAUAAUGCUAUGCAAAGAACAAUAUUAAACAUUCUAAAAGUUGU